UCCCACCUCCUUUUGGCAUCAAAGGCAUGAAAUGGGAUUUCGAUUGAGAAUAUGUCGUAGAAGACCCGGAAGUCGCGAGCAGGCCCCGUGAUUUGAAUUUGAACUGUCGAGUACACCGUGCUUUGACGGGAAGCUUUCCGAGACUAUACCCUGUUAAAGACGAGUUCAUCGCGUCUUAUCUUCAUAUUCAUUCGUCAUCUGUGACUCCUCGGUUCUGUUGAUGUUGAGGAAUCUGUCAAAACGUGGACAACUGUUUUCCAGCCUGGCCUCCUCUCUGAGGCCCACAGAGGGGUUCUGUAUGCCGAUGAGAUCAAUCUUUUGGAUGAAGGUAUUAGUGAUUUGCUUCUUAAUGUUUAGACUGGAGGAGUUAAUCCAGUGGAAAGAGAGGGAAUAAGCUUUAAACAUCCAUGCAACCCGCUUCUAAUCGCUACUUAUAACCCAGAGGAGGGUGCUGUACGAGAACACCUUCUAGACCGCAUCGCCAUAAAUUUGACCGCAGAUCUUCCUAUGAGCUUUCAAGAUCGUGUUGCGGCAGUUGAUAUUGUAACCAAGUUCCAAGAGCGUGCUAAUGAGGUUUUCAAGAUGGAGGAGGAAACGGACUAUGCAAAGACUCAGAUCAUUUUGGCUAGAGAGUAUCUGAAAGAUGUCACAAUCAGCAGAGAGCAGUUGAAGUACUUAGUGAUGGAAGCCCUUCGAGGUGGUUGUCACCUGUCAGGUAGAGUCGGUGAUAUCAUUAGGCUACAAGGGCGUGGCCUGAUUCUUCCAUGCUUGUAGUUCCUCAAAUUAGCAGUGCAGCUUCUCAACUGUUAAACUCGGCGAAGGCUUCUAACGCCUUCUCAUUUUUCUGAUUUGCAAGAAAUCAAUUCCUCCUCAUGCUAGAAGCCUCAGAAAAGUAUAUUUUUCUUGUUUGGAUAUUGGCCUUGUGUGCUGGGAAACUACUGAUGAUUUUUUUGUGUCGUAUAAUCGUUUGACAAGUUUUCUUGCAUGUGUAAUGCCUCUCCGAAAACCUGUGGUUUUGAGUUUUCUGCAUUAUUAAUUUGCCACUUCUUGUGCUUAGGUUGCAGAUGGCAUUAAGUGCUCAAUCCAGAUAACUAAGCGUUCAUCUCUCCUGCAUAUUUUUUAAAAGAAGAGAAUACAGAAAUAACCAAACAUCUGUUGAGCAGGAGCAUUUGGGUUCAGCA